AUGUCUGAAAAUCCAGUAUCUCAAACCCACUCUCAACAAGCAAGCCUCACCAGUGGUGGCACGCACCCGGAACGCCCUCCGAAUCCUGCUACCCCUGCAAACCGUCCUCAGGAAUACGAUCCAAAGCCAACGCCGCGCGUUGCAAGACUUGCAGCUGUUCAUCUCUGGGCAAUGGACCACGUCAAACCCGACAAGCUCUUUCCCAACAUGGCUCACGAAUCCCGGGGUCAUUACAUUGGAGACGUCGACCCAAUCAAAUUUAUGCACAAGUUCUUACCAUGGAACAUUGACGACUCCGGUGCCUUCAAGAAAUUCCAAGCCCAGAAGCCCACUAAGAAGCAACUCACCACUCUGAAAUCUAUGGCAGCCAAGUCUGGGGAAAGUGACAUGAACCGUGCAUGUCACGCCGCCCUUCAUGGUUGGCCCAAGGCGUAUCGCGUACUAUCUCGUACUAUCAACUUCGAAGACACCCACAACCAUCGAGACUCGUUCAGCGGCCUUGGCACAGACGAAGCGGUCUACAAUAGACAGAAACCGUGGAUCCCUCGCAAGACGAGGAUCAAAGUCGACUUUGCGAAUAUGCUCAGCUUCUUGGAACUCAAGCCAGAUCACCGCCGCGACGCAUUCAUUGACAGUGACCGCGAACCUUACCCAGGCCCUGGUCCUCAGGACGCUGACUGGGAAGAAGCUGGAGUGGUCUCUGACCACGAAAGGAGCGAUUCGGCUCCAGAUGCCACUGAUUAUUCGGCAGAACAAGCGGUAGAUGCUCCCGUUACGAAAGCCUUCGUCGCAGAGGACGAUCACGGCGAGCACCCCGCGAAUUCCCCAGAAGACAGAGUGGAGGUCAAGGUUGAUUCAGACCCCUCUCCUUCGGCUCGGUAUCCUUUCGAAAACGACACUGAAGGCGGAAGGAAGACCCGGGGGCAAAUUGCCAGCUACGCAGGCGUCAUCAUGGCUAUGCAGUUCCGAAGCCACUUGUUCAGCGUCCUUAUCUGUGGCAAGUACGCUCGUUUCAUCCGUUGGGACCGCUCCUGCGCCAUCGUCUCACGGCGCUUCGACUACACACUGUACCCCAGCAUCCUCUUCAAUUUCUACCAUCGAUUCGCGCAGCUCACCGACACCCAACGUGGUCUGCUACCAUGCUUCAAGACAGCGAGCGAUACGGAAGCGUCGGCUGCGCUAGAAGCCCUCGCAGCAUAUGCUGGAGCCGCCUAUGGGACCAUUGGAGGGGCAAAUUACAAGCAACGCCUCGACAGGAAACGCAUCCCACUCCUACACAUGGACUACAAGGGGGGUCCUUACGUGGUGCCAGCACCGACGUUCAAUGGAGGAAUGUUCUCUCCGUUUGGACGAGUGACUCGCAACCGCGCUGUUGUUCAAAUCACGAAAAACGUCGUCAUGUUCUUCAAGGACUACUGGCGCGAGCAUUCUGAAUAUACGAAAACGGAGGCCGAGGUAUACGACCUCCUAUCGACGAACAGCAAGACAAAGGCAUGCCUCUACUUCGCCAAGAUGCAUGCGGGAGGUGAUGCCGAGGUGGACGGUUGUCCAGCGACUACUAUCGGUUACGAUGAUACGGAUAUGCCGUGGAAGACCGGUAAACUCCUGAUCAGGAAACUCACGGCGCAUUUUAUCAUCCUCGAAACCAUUGGCCGAGACCUCAAGAUGUUCCGAUCAGCGCGCGAGCUGGUGUCGUCUAUGGCAGACGCGAUGGAAGCCCAUCAGCUCGCGUACGAUGAGCUCCAUAUUCUCCACCGCGAUAUCAGCGCGGGGAACAUCCUCAUAUCCACGGACAAACCUGAUCGUGGUAUCCUGAUCGAUUGGGACCAUUGUAUUUUCAUGGACAAUUUGACGGAAGACAGAAAAACGAGGGUGCAUCGAACUGGAACAUGGCAAUUCAUGUCAGCGCAUCUGACAGCGAAUCCGGAAUCUGCAUGCCACGGCCUCGUCGACGACCGUGAAUCUGCUCUGCACGUAUUGCUGUACAUGGGUAUUCGACAUCUCGCUCACAAUAAAGCCAACGCCUUCGGAAUGCAAGACCUCCUGAACAUGUUCGACGACUACAUAGAAGUCGACGGAAGCCCAUAUCGCAAAGGAACGACGUCGAAACUCAAUUUCAUGAGGUCUGGUUACCAGGAUCUUACCUUCGGCAUCGACGAAAUCAAUGAACUGAUCCAAGUGCUCUGUGAUGAAUUCGCGGCUCGCUACAAAGCCACCACCGUAGCACCUCCCAAAAAGGGUCCCUUCAACGCAUAUUCUGUCGGUUUGGCGACCUUUCAGGCUUUGCAGCGUCAAACGAGACUCGAUAAUAUCGCCAAGGACCCGACGUGGCUUUGUGGCGUAUUACGUCAUUACGCUGUGCUGCUUCCCGUGCCAUCACCUGGAGAAAUUGACUACAUCGACAACACGAAAGUCAUUAAACCGAAUAAGAAACGACCGCUAGCGGACGAUCUAUGCGAUGACGCUGACGGCAGGAAAUUGAUCUCAACCCAUGAUAGCCUCGCAGGCUCGAUCAAUGCUUGCAUGGAAUUAGCUCCACCCGUCGAGACGCCACCUCGCAAGAAGCAGCGCUCUAGCAGGAAAUGA